AUGUUUUUCACCAACGUUGUUGUCGGCGUCUUGGCCGCUCAAGCUGUUUCAAAUACAGCAGGACCCCGCCCAGCACAGGCUGGCAAGUAUGCAGCGUUGAUGGCUGUUGCUGCCCUACCAGUCUCUGGUGCACCUUUGAUGGGGCUCAUCGAGCCAAGAUUUUCUAAUUAUAAGAGAGGCCGGGAUGCUGAGCGUGGGCAAGGAGCACAGAACGAUAAUCAGGAGCAAGAUGAUCAGGACGACUCCGAGACCGAAGACGAACAAGAUGACCAGAACGAACAAGGCGGCAAGCAGAAGAACAACCAAGGCAACAACCAGGGCAACAACAACCAGGGCGACGAUGACCAAGACGACGAUGACCAAGGCAAUGGUCAAGGCAAUGGUCAAGGCGACAACCAAAACAACGACAAUCAGAAUGGAGGACAGAAUGGCAAUGAUGGCAAUGGCCAAGGCAACGGUGGAAACCAGCAGGGCGGUAAUGGCAACAAUGGCAACAACAUGGCCACUGAGACACUUGUCACUGAAACCCAGACUGAUGCCGCCGCUACUGAUGCUGCUGGUACUGAUGUCGCCGCCACUGAUGCCGCUAGUACUGAUGCUGCCGCUACUGAUGCCGCUGGUACUGAUGCUGCCGCUACCGAUGCUGCCAACGCCACCCAGGAUGCCGCUGUUACAGAAACCGCUUCUCUCGUUGUCGGAACUGGAGCCGCAAACGGGACUGCUGCUGUUACAACUACUGAUGCUGCGGCCACAGCUGCCCCCACAGCUUGCAAGGCGAAGAAGGGCAACAAGAACGGUAACAACAACAAUGGCAACAAUGAUGGCAAUGGCAAUGGUAACGACAACGGUAACAACAACGGUAACAACAACGAUAACGCCAACAACGGUAAUGGAAACGGAAAUGACAACGGUAACGGUAACGGUAACGACAACGCCGCCGACAAUGGCAAUGGCGCCGAUAAUGCAGACGACAAGAACGCUGGAGAUGCCGCAAACAACGGUGAUGCCGCCAACGGUGAUGCCGCCAAUGGAGAUGCCGCUGGAGACGAUGCCGCCAACGACAACGCUGGUGGAAACAACAAAGAUGAUGCCGCCAACAAUGGGGAUGCUGCUCAAGGAGAUAACGCAAAGGAUAAUGCUGGAAACAAGAACGGCAAUGCUGGAAACGCAAAUGGCAAUGACGACAAUGCAAAUGACAAUGCUGGCAACGCUGGCAACGCAGCUGAUGGCAACAAUGCAGAGGAUGACAAUGCAGCAGACGACAACGCCCAAGAUGGCAACGCCCAAGACGGUAAUGAUGCGGCCAACAAUGGCGACAAAGCGGCCAAGGACGGAGCCAAGGCAGGUGGCAAUGCCAAUGGCGAUGCUGGCUGCAAAGCCAAGCGCGGUAUCCUCGGCGAUCUUCUUCAGAACCUGCAAGGAGGUGCUGCCGCUGGGGAUGAUGCUGCAGCUGAUUGCAACAACUAA